AAUAAACUCCCCUCCAAAGUAAGUAAAGUUCAUCAGCAGGAUUCACAUGAUAUUUCUCUUGAUUCAACGCAGACAACGGAGAACUGGGAAUUUUUGGAUAUGGAAUCUGCCGAAUGCCAUGCUUCCAUGAAAACAAACGACUUCUGUUAUGAACCAGAGUCUCCUUGGUCUGGCCAUGAGAAGGCCGAGCCAUGGUGGCGCACGACAGAUAAAGACGAGCUGGCCUCCUUGGUUGCACAAAAGUCAUUGGAUUUUAUCGAGAAUUGUGAUCUCCCCCUACCUCGGAAUGUGAAUGUAAGGAAGUGCUCACCUACAUGUUCUGGUUCAUUCGACAGCUGUGAAAUAUCUUUGGCUUGGAAGCCCCAAACUGUCCUUAAUCGCAGUUCCACCAUUAAUGCACAGAUGUCUCCUGAUUCUAUAAGAAAACACGAAACACAGAUGUCUUCAAUUGGAGAAGGGAAGAUGCAAUGUGCUUCCAAUACAUCGUCCAGUACGAGUACAACCGAAAAGGAUAUCUUAGAUCAAGUUACGGAGUCCGAUCCUACCAAGGCACAGCUGCUAGAAGCACUUUGUCACUCCCAAACACGAGCAAGGGAAGCUGAGAAAGCAGCAAAGCAAGCCUAUGCAGAGAAGGAACAUGUUAUCAGGCUUGUCUUCAAACAAGCCUCGCAACUCUUUGCCUAUAAACAAUGGUUCCAAAUCCUGCAGCUGGAAGCCCUUCAUGUCCAGAUCAAGAAUAAGGAGCAGCCUCUAGUCCUUCCGUGGACACCCUACAAAAGCCAGAAAAUGCGGAAGGGCCGGCAAAAGAAUGGAAAAGAGAGACGAGGGAAGCGUGGCCGGUCUAGCCCGGACAUAACCAAGUAUGCUGUUGCUAUUGCAUUGGGACUCGGUCUUGCUGGAGCUGGUUUGCUGUUGGGAUGGACCGUGGGGUGGAUGCUACCUUUCUAGACGACCAGAGAGUUCAUCUAAUCCCCUAGAUGUCACUAAAAAUUGUUUAGUGACAGAAGAAUGGUUGGCUACUAGGAUAAUAUCUGCUUUCCAUGAGUAUGUCGAGUUCUUUUCGACUUGAUUUUAGGCCCUGCAUGUUGUAUGUAUGCUGUAGUUGUUUUUCUCUCUUUUGUGUUUCUUUGUUUUGUGUAGUGUGUUUCGGGUCCAUUAAUGAUGCGAUUGCUGUUGUAGAUAUAUUGGGUGAAACUGUCCCGGGUC